GUAAUCCCAGCACUUUGGGAGGCCGAGUCAGGUGGAUCACCUGAGGUCAGGAGUUCAAGACCAUCCUGGCCAGCAUGAUGAAACCCUGUCUCUACUAAAAAUACAAAAAUUAGCUGGGCAUGGUGGUAGGUGCCAGUAAUCCCAGCCGUUGGGUGGCUGAGACAGGAGAAUUGCUUGAACCCAGGAGACGGAGGUUGCAGUGAGCCAAGACUGCACCAUUGCACUCCAGCCUGGGCAAAAAGAGUGAAACUCAGUCGAAAAAAAAAAUAGGAAUUGUAGACAAAAUGUUGGGAACUAACAGCGGGCAUAGCAGAGGCUGGGUUGUGGUGCGCUGAGACCACAGAUUGUGUUCACACACACACAAAAUUUGUGCUGUUUAUCCAGCAUGAGAUGCUGAGCCAAAGUUCCUAACCUCUCCAAGUCCUGUUCCGGGAUAGCGCUGGAACAACAAAGUAGCAUAUAGUAGAGGGAACAGACUUUUAAACAGGUAGAGUGUGUGAUGGUGUGACAGCAGAAGUCUUAACAAGGUACAAAGUACUGCAAAGCACGGAGUGACCAUCACAGAAGGCAUGAAAGGCAGCACCUAAAAUAAUUACACUAGCAAUUAACCCUGGAGGUGCCUAACUUAGCUUCAGGCCCAUUAGCUACUUUCUAUUAUCCAUUAACUCCUCCCUGUCAUCAUAUUGAACUUCAUGGUCCAAUCACUUCAAUAAUUCUCUUGUCCUCUGUCAAACAAGCAAUGUUUGACAAAACCAGUGAUCUGCUUGGUCUGUGCCUGUACCUAGGUGGCUCCGCCUGUGGGAGGAGGACAGUUAGCAGGAGGGCUUGUUAUGGGUAUAUUCUCAGCACAUCACGCACAGUGGCACUCUCAGCCCUCUCUGUACCUGACUGCUACUCACUCACCCCUUCCUUCACUGGCUGUAACUUCUCUACUUUCCUCAAAACCCCAUCUUUUCAGACUCAGAGAGAAGACCUUGCCUUCAGUUUCUCAGAACAAAUAUAAGUGAAAUAAUAGGAGGAGGAGGCAGAGAGCGUGACGAGAGAUGGAUUAGAGAUUGUCUGGAAAGGGGCCAAGGGCAGAAGUUUGGGAAGCACUAGCAAGGAGGGUGCAGGGUUAGGGGUACUAAGGAAGGAAGGAGCCUGAGACUGUGGAACGGCAGGGUCAGAGGAGGAGGAGGAGUGUCACAGAAACUAAAACCGAAGAAGGAGGUGCAGUGAGAGCUGUUCAAUACCAUGGGAACAUCAAUGUCCAGAAUAUUUCCACUGCAUUUUGUAAUUGGGAAAAGUUUAGGGAAAGCAGUUUCGGGGGUUGGAAGAAGGUGGAAACUAGAAUACAGUAGUUUAAGGUAUGACUGAAAAGUAAGGAAGUAGAAACCCCAGGUACAGAUUACCUUGGCAAGAAGUUAGGAUAAAGCCUGUCUUAGUCAAUCCUCACGAACAAGUGUAUAAUCUAAACUUCAUUCCCCGAAUCUGAGCUUAUCAGACAACUUUCCAAUUAAUAAUCUGGCUUCCUGUAUAAAUAUAGGGAGAGAAUGUGCCUGUUUUUAGGCAUACACAUAUUUUAGUUCAUGUAACAGCCUCUUUUUUUUUAUUAUAAAUUAACAAAUAGCAUUUUGGCUUUAGGAAGAAUGAGGGAGAUUAGAAAGGAAAGAAAGAAAGGGAGGAAACAGGGAGUUUGGCUGUGAAGAGUAGCUAGAGAAGGAAAUCCAGAGGUGAAGGAGAGAUUUUGUUUGUUUGUUUAAGGAUGCAAGUGCACUAAGCAGAUUUAUAAAUAAGGAAAGAGUGAAAUUGACGUACACGUGUAGGGAAGAGGGGCAUCCAUUUGGCUGGUAAACCGUGAGAGCAUUUCCAAGGUACCAGGAACAGUGAAGAGUCCUGAGGAUACGAUAUUCACAACAGACAUAGAGUCCUAAAAGGCAAGAAAGAGCUGGGAAGGGGUUAGGUCUUCAACAUGAGAAGGGAGGGACCCUUCCAGUUCCAAGUCUGGAGGGAAGGAGAUAAUUGUGGGUGUGACCUAGGUAAGCUCACAGAUGAGGGGCAGAAACCUGACGUUUCUUGUAGGUGGAUUCAAGUGAGAAACAGGUCUGUCAAGAUUGUGCCUGUCAGGUCUAGGUAGAGAGCCUGAGGAGAGUGACUUUGGAAUAAGCCUCUGAGAGAAAACAGAGGGAAUUAACAGGUGGAAGAAAAUAGGUGUUGAGAAUCCACAUGAAGCUUGGAGACAAAACUGAUGGCUCCAUUUGCAAAUUUGUCAUUUUAUGGUGUUCAGCAGAGGAUUGGAGAAGGCAGAUCUGUGGAUUCACUAACGAUGGAAGGUUUUGAGACUAGAACAGUCUAGAGGAUCCUACUGGAAGGAGUUCAGCAAUCUGGGAUCCCAGGUGGAGUAACCAAUACGGCACAAUAUCAGAACAGGCUAAUGGUAUAUGAACCUAACCAGAAUAAGUGGAUAAGCCGUAGCCCCAUGCUGCAGAGAAGGGUCUACCAUUCCAUGGCUGCUGUACAAAGGAAGCUUUAUGUUCUUGGAGGCAAUGACCUAGACUACAAUAAUGACCGGAUUCUUGUGCGCCAUAUAGAUUCUUACAAUAUAGACACUGACCAGUGGACACGUUGCAAUUUCAACCUGUUGACUGGCCAAAAUGAAUCUGGAGUUGCUGUCCAUAAUGGGAGAAUAUAUUUAGUUGGUGGAUAUUCAAUUUGGACAAAUGAGCCUCUGGCUUGUAUCCAGGUACUGGAUGUAAGCAGAGAAGGCAAAGAAGAAGUAUUCUAUGGGCCUACACUCCCUUUUGCUUCCAAUGGAAUAGCAGCAUGCUUCCUUCCAGCUCCAUAUUUCACGUGCCCUAACCUUCAAACUCUUCAAGUGCCUCAUCACAGGAUUGGCACCAUCUGAAAAGCCAAUGCUCUCUUAAUAACGAUCAUGAACAGGAGGAAAGACUUAGUCCUGACCGUUGGAUACUGGGCAUGAAAAGACCCAGUGCUCAAUGCUUCCUUGUCUUGCUUCAUAGGUCUUAUAUUCAGAUAGAUAUAAGCAAAAAAUGAACAAUUUUCUAAAAUACAUUAUUGAAAACUCUUGUCACCCUUCUCAGAGUAUGUCAACAUGCAAUAUGUGACUUAUUGUGGUACAGCUUAGUGCCAACUUAAGGUAUAUUAUGUUCCAUGGUCUUUAGAGCAUUCUUUGUACAUUUUUUCUAAUCAGCACUCUCUGAAGACAACAUAAAACUGUUAGGCAAUUUAUUUGACUAAAUGGCAUCAAUGAUCUUAAAAAAUAUAUAUUCUGUACUUAAUCCCUUUAUUAUUUAAAGCUGGGCUUGAAUUUAACAUUAUGCAGCCCUGCUCAGUAGAGACUCAGCAUUAUGACAUAAAUUUUUAAAUGCCAUAUUUUAUUCAAGGUGAUACGAAUAAUAGACAUAAAUCAGAACAGCAGUUGAAAUACCCAUAUUUUUCACCUUGGUUACUCUGACCUUGGGUCAGAACCUAACAUUACAAUGCUUCAGUUUUCCCACCUUUUAAGAAGGAUCAUUACUGAUUUCCAUGUUAAUUAAAAAAAAAUCAUGAGAAUUAGGCGAAUAUUUUGAAAUACUUUGCCCAAGAAAAAGAAAAAUGUUACUGAAAUUAGAAGGUGUUUUACUGUCUUUAGAACAUUGUAAUUGAAGAGGAUUAUUUUUAAAGUUUAAAAAUUACUAGAUAGAACUUGGAAACAUGUUAUGGAAUAAAUGAUACUUAAAAGCAUGUGCCAGAGACACAUAAUUAGGAAAUAGGGAGUUUACAGAAACCAAAGUUAUCUAAACUUGACUCUCAGAUGUCUCAUAUAAAAUCAUUUAGUGAAAAAUGACAUUUAAAGCUAAAAAAUAAUUUAGUAGUACUAAUUAUGGUACCAUAAAGUGCUUUGACACAAAUUUGAACCUUGAAUUGGCAGUUCUAAUAAAAGUUUUUCCACUUUGUUAAAGGUUAUGUCAAUCUUGAGUGCUUGUGGGAUUCUUCACCACCACCAAUACAUAUUUUAUUACUAUCACUUUUAAUAAAGCAUAAGAAUUCUUUUUUAA